CAGUGCCACGAAAGCUUUGGGGAGUUUGCGCCGUCCCCCAGUGGUAAUUGAGGGGCGGGAUUUGCUAGAUCGGUGGGCGGAGGCAGAGACUUGAUCGGGUUUUAAAGAUGCCCAUGUUGGAGUGUUCGGGAGCGAGGUCCGGGGACAGAAGUUAAUCGCGGCGGUUGUUUUUAAAGACGCUUCAGUGGGGCGAUGCGCGCUUUCCCAAGCGGGUCACGGAAGUGAGUGAGCUGAGGUACCAGGCUACAAGUCACUCGUCCGCGGUAUCGAUAGAGGGAUAGAGGUAUGGCGCGCAGCCAUAGCGUCUGGGGAGGUAAGAGCAGUGGGAAGGCGACGCAGAUGACGGCUGGGGGACGGGCGAAGGAGCGGCACGGGAUAUUAUACCUAGGACCCAGAAGUAAGGGGACGUUCCUAUCUGGCUGGGCGUAGGACGCUAGCCGUUCGGGUUACGGUAAGGACGGUGUUGUUCCGGAGUUGUUUGGCUUUGUUUCCCCCGCAGAUCUAAGCUCGCAGCCGUGGGUCAGCUGGUUUGGGAGGCACCGGGCUGGUGCACACUGCGGCGGUGAGCGGCGUACGAGCUACCAAGCUAAGAGGAGGACGGCGGGAAGACUUUUGGUGACCUCCCCGGGACCCAGAGAGCUCCGGAAGGCGGCAGACGCGGCUGGAGUGUAGCGGUAUUGCUGGAAAAGGAGAGUUUUUAAGUUUCUGUCUUUUUUUCCUUUUUUUUUUUUUGUGUUUUCUGGGCCGGCACGCUCCCCUCGUCCUCGUCGAGUUCUUUUUUAGUUUUCUUUUUCCAUUUUGUUUUCUUCAUAUUAUUAUAAUUAUUACUACGUUUUGUUUGAGGUUAGGUUUAUAUAGGGGAAACCUUUUGAAGGUCACCCUUUUUAGGUUUUGUCUCCUCCUAUGUGAACUGACUUCCUCUCCCCGCUGCAUAAGGGUGCUGUGCCACUGUAACUAGUUGUAGUGGAGAUUGGGGGAGUUAAGUGCUGUGGGGGUUUUUUGAGUAGUGUUGGGGAAUGAGAAAUAUCACUUGUAGCGGUGGUGUGGUUUACCUGUUGGCGGGAGGGAGGUGGUGGUUGCCUGGGAGUUGGGAGUAUCUGUAACUGAGCCCCAAAUAAAUCUGUGCCAAGCUCACCCUGUGUGUUUGCCCUGUUGUGUUGUUGCCCCAGGAUAUCCUAAAGGGUGUGUGGGUAGCAUUUUGCUGUGCAAAAAGGGUUAAGGGGAGUGACUAAAGACUCGGUACAAAAAUUUACUGGGUGGUGGGGGUCCUACACCCUGGGCCACCACAAUAAUUGUUCAUUUUUGGUCUGACUAUCAUGGACCCCCUUAAGACCCACUGACACACCCUUUGGGGUCCAUGGGCUCCGGUGUAAGCAGCUCUACCUCCAUGGAAUGAGAAGACAUGUCGGCUAUGAAUUCAACCUGCAUUUUUGUUUUUGGCAUACAAGCUACACACUUACCACGGCUCCAGCUUGUAUCAAGGUUGUUAUUGGCAAAAGAUCCAUCAAUGGCCACAGCAUGGUGCUGCUGGGAUGUGAAUGCAGGUUCUCCUGUUUACAAAACGGGUGCUUAAAGAGGGUAAUAGUCUGUUAUGGAAAUGUAUGGUGGGUCAGUCUGUGCCAAAUCAACCAAUGUCCAGAAAAGUUCCAUGGGCAUCAUUCCUGAUUUUGAAAACUUGGUAUUUUGAUCCUUAUAGAGAACACUGACAAUUCCCCAAGUUUUAUUAAAUUCUGAUGCAGUCCAAAGUUAUGGCCCUUUCAAAUUUGGGUGCCACGCCCCUUUUUUGCACUCGCGAAUCACGCAUGUCAUUUGUAAGGGUUUUCAGGAGACCAUAUCUUCGCUUCUAAGCAUGCUAGAGAGCUGAAAAUUGCUCUCCUGGUAUACUUUUCCCUGCUCUUUCAGAACCUGGCAUUAAAAUUAAGCUCACUUCAAAGCUUUGGACUGCAAAUAUCAGUUUUUGGAUUUUGACCCCAAGUUGUGGGGUCACUACCACACCUACAUCCAAUAUUCUAUAUUUUUGUUAUUUGCAGGUCCAUAGCUUUGAAGUGCUUCCCCUGAGCUUAAUUUUAAUGCCAGAUUCUGAAAGAGCAGGGAUCAUUCUCUUAGCGUGGCGUCUAAUCAGAGGAAACUUGUCCUUUUCCAAACCCUGGUAGAAGUGAGGUGUAGAGAGAAGCUGAUGUUGGUUCUUCAGAGUAUUAUCAUACUGCAUUUCGAUGAGUUUUAAGUUUGUUGACAUGUCUUCAAUUUACCGCACAACUUUGAUUCUGUGAACCAGUGUAGGUAACGUAUCUGAUGGUUAGUGUCAUAGUGUCAUCCUACUUUAUACUGAAGAAGCUGUCUUGUUUAAAACAGCACCAUCUAGUGUUAAAACGUACAAGUACAACAGUCAAUUUUCACGUGUAGGGCAUACUCUACAUUUUUUGGAAUUUGAAGAAAUGGACAGUGGGCUGCAGUUGGCCCGUGGGGUGUAGUUUGGAUACCUCUGCUCUUGGCAAUUUGUGGAAUCUGGUCAUUAUGUCACAUCCUGAGAAAUGAAGGACUCAAGUUUUCAGGAGAACAAAAAGGGGGUUUAUUAAACAAAACAGGAACAGGGAAACAAACAGGAGCAUAAGAGGUAAAAUUGGGAAGGCUAUGACUGGGAAGGGCACAGGCAACAGGAGAAUUGACCUUAAUGACCGUACUGGGGAACAGAGGACUGGGAAGUAAUGAUGUAGUCAAGACCACCUGAACUGAGAUCACGUCAUUACCAAGACCAGAGUUUUGUGAAUGGUGUGUGUUUGCCUUGUGAUGAGUUGGGUUGUUUUCUGCCUUGUGCCCAUAGGCUGUGGACCCCCCCUGCAACCCUGAAUAGGAUAAGCAGUUUCAGAAAAUAGAUGGUACAGUACACGAAUUGAAAUAGCUUUUGCUCUACUUCAGUAUAAAGAACCCCAAGGCCCUUCACACUGUCCCUUCCACAGCCCAGCCCGACGUCUCCAUGGCAGACAGAACCAUGUCCCCUGACGAGAUCGAGAUGGAAAUGGCACGCAUCCAGCGUCUGCGCGAGGUACUGGUACGUCGCGAGUCUGAGCUGCGAUUCAUGAUGGACGACAUUCAGCUGUGCAAGGACAUCAUGAAGCUGAAGCAGGAGCUGAGGAAGAUCGUGGCAGUACCCGAGCAGGAAAAGACCAAUAAGCACAGGCAGAGAGAAGAGGAGCUCCUUCUGAAGAUUCACAAACUGGUCCAGAAGAGGGAUUUCUUGGUGGACGAUGCAGAGGUGGAAAGAUUAAGGGAACAGGAGGAAGAUAAGGAGAUGGCAGAAUUUCUGAGGCUCAAACUGCUGCCCCUGGAGAAGGAGACCAAGGUCACAGAAGGCCCCCCAAAGUUAAAGAUCACCCCGCCGCCACCUCCAGGCAAGCUCUCGAUUACCAAAUCAGGAGCUGCGAUCAUCAAAGACUGCUGUGGGGCUGCCCAGUGUGUCGUCAUGUGAUCAUCCUUGAGCCAUCCAUUUCAGACACUAUACUGUGACUUAUGUUACCAAACUCCCCACACAAAUAUCACAGAGCCCCGAAAACAGAGCAUACACCACACGCACAUCUUAAAGUAAUAGUUGACAACUCAUACACACUGACGAGGAUAACUGACACCUUAAUUCUGUUGUGCACCAAGGUUUUUAAAAAAAAAAAUUGCAAUUCCAAGAUUCAUUUGGUUCAUUUUGCCAAAACUGAACCACAUUGUAGCCUGGUCCAGUCGCAAGUGCCAAACAUGCAUUAAUCACAACACACAGGAGGGGGAAAUUAAAUUGCCGACUUCUGUAACAGUUGUAGAUUUAUAACCAAGACUAUAUUUGCCUUACAAAUAAUACACAUAAUAAGAUUUCUAAAAACCAGCCUUUGGAGCUUUGGUAAUCAGGUGAAUCAGGAAAAUUAUAUGGUCCAUGGAAAAAAUAUAUGCUGCAAUAUACUGCUAUUCGUUAACUGACUCUGAUGGCUACAUGCCACAUCUAGCAACACCUGUACAGCUAAGGGAUAACUAUGUACCUGCAUGUUGAAACGCUACAUGCUUCAGACACUUGAAAAUUAACACCAGGAGUUUUCCUUAGUGACAAUGAGAUUAAUGCAAACACAUGCCCAACACACUGAACUCUACAAGGAAUAGGGAACAGACAGGUGAUGCAAAUUAGACAUGAUUUACCUGGAGUAAAUGACUUCAAAACCAGACCAAAAAACAGCCCAGUAACUUAAUCAGCAUGGCCCCAAGUUCAGAGUCAACCUUAAAAGGGUGAUAAUUUAGGAGCACUCCUAUGGAAGUGAAUUAAUGACAAAAGUCGUUGAUGAAAAAAACACGUUGAAUUACACUUAUCAAAUAAAAAAGCAUUGCAUUUUUGAUGCUUUGAAUUUUUGGGGACUGUAAUUUAAUGUGUGUAUACAUUUAAACAUUGAACAUUUCAAUUGUAAUUUCAUUGCUUAAAUAUUCAGUACAAAAAUAUUCGGCUUCCAAAAUUCAGUUCCAAAACAUACGUAUUUUAAAGUGCAUGUUUAUAAUUCAACCACAUGAAUUCAGUUCAUUUAAUUUCGCCUCAAAAUAAAUUUGAAAAGACGAAAUUCA